AUGGCACGCCAGCCCGGCGUCAAACUUCCCAAGCUUAAGGAGCCUGACUACUCGAAACCGCCGAUCAAUGGCAAGGCUUCUGCUUCCAAUGGCAAUACGGCCGAUGACGAUGAAGAAAUAAACGGCAUUCACCAGAAGCAUCCCCCCAAGACGCUUCCAGGAACACCGGUGGACCACAGCACUCACUGGCACCCCUCGGAGGAGCACUACCCAUUGCCUCCCGAGUCCAUCAUCAGCCUACCCACGGGGAAGCCGCUCAAAGUACCCCGGGUUCAGCACGAGUUUGGUGGCGAGUCGCCCGAAGCCAAAUCUAGACGAGUUAAUAGACAGGAGCGAGUUCAGACAGAGAUUGCGCGAGCAUGGUCCGGCUACAAGAAGUUUGCGUGGAUGCAUGACGAGCUUUCGCCCGUCUCUCAAAAGUAUCGCGAUCCCUUUUGCGGCUGGGCUGCCACCCUGGUCGAUUCGUUGGAUACGCUAUGGAUUGCAGGCCUCAAGGAAGACUUUGACGAAGCAGCCAAGGCCGUUAAAGAGAUUGACUUUACCACCACUCCUCGCAAUAGCAUUCCCGUAUUUGAAACCACGAUUCGAUAUCUUGGCGGCCUGCUCGGCGCCUUCGAUGUCAGCGGUGGCCAUGAUGGCGCUUACCCCUGGCUUCUUACAAAGGCCGUUGAGCUUGCUGAGAUCCUCAUGGGGAUAUUCGAUACACCGAAUCGAAUGCCUGUUCUGUACUACCAGUGGCAGCCGGAAUACGUCUCUCAGCCUCAUCGCGCCGGCUCUGUUGGCAUAGCGGAGCUUGGAACUCUAUCAAUGGAGUUUACACGCCUGGCACAGCUUACCAGUGAAAUGAAAUACUACGACGCCGUGGACCGCAUUACUGACGCCCUGGUUGACUUGCAAACGAGGGGUACUGCUAUUCCUGGCUUGUUCCCCGAGAAUCUGGAUGCCUCUGGCUGCAACCACACUGCGACGGCUCUCCGCGAUCAACUUAGCAAAGCGGCACAGAAGCAAAUGGAUGAAGACGUCUCCAAGGAGGCGCCGGUUGGGUAUGUGCCCGGCCAGAAUCUCAAUUCAAAGCCAGCGACCGGCGAAAAAAGCACCCAAGUGGCCCAGGCUGCGGAGGAAAAUGAGUUUAUUGUUGGAAAAUUCGGUGCUGAUGAUGCGCUCGCUAAAUUGCAAGCUGCUGAUGAAGCGCGGGCAAAGGCCAUGGACAAAUCUUCUGCAGCCAAGCCCGCCGAAAAACCAAAUGGCUUCGUGGUUGGAAAAAUUGGCUCCGAGGACCCAAGAGACAAGCAAGCACCCGCUGGCCCGACUGAUGCGGAUUCCAAGGGAUUCGUCGUUGGUAAGAUGGGAAGCGAGGAGCCACCGGUCAAGCAUAUGCCUGCUGCUGAAGCGCCCAGCAAAUUUGUUGUUGGCAAGAUCGGAUCAGAGGACCCCAAAGACGAUAAAAACCCCCCCAACGCAGCUGGGGUGAAGACGUCAGAAUUUGUUGUCGGUAAAAUCGGCGCUGAAAACCCGGAUUAUGCCAAACAAGGUCCUCGUGAAGAUGACAAAACAGAGACUCGCCCGUCUGACUCUCUCCGUCGCCGAGAUGUGCCUCCGAGUGAAAGGGCUUUGGAUAAGUCGAGUCAAGUGCCACCUGUGAAGGAAAAGCGUCGAGGAACGCCACCCUUUGGAGCAGACGGUUCUACGUCCAAGUGGGAUUGCGUUCCGCAAGGCAUAGUAAGUGGUGGGUAUGGAUUCGAACAAUACCACAUGGGAGGUGGCCAAGAUUCGGCAUACGAAUACUUCCCGAAGGAAUUUCUCCUCCUCGGUGGAUUGGAAUCCAAAUACAAGAAAUUGUACGAAGACACUAUCGAAGCGACCAAUGAGUGGCUCCUCUACAGACCUAUGGUAGACGGUGACUGGGAUAUCCUCUUUCCUGCCAAGGUUAGCACGAAUGGAAAUCCUUCACAAGACUUGAGCGCUACGUUUGAAGUAACGCACUUGACGUGCUUUAUUGGCGGCAUGUACGGUCUGGGCGGCAAGAUCUUUGGCCGUGAGAAGGAUCUCGAGAUAGCCAAGCAGCUGACCGACGGCUGUGUUUGGGCCUAUCAGUCGACCGUCUCUGGCAUCAUGCCGGAAGGAUCUCAAGUUUUUCCUUGUCCAACGCUGGAGAAGUGUGAGUUCAACCAGACGCUCUGGUAUGAGAAGUUGGACCCGUCAAAAGACUGGAGAGAUCAGCAAAUGGCCGAGUGGAAAGAAAAGGUAGCCGAGAUUGAGAAGAAGCAAGGAAAGCAGGUCCACCUUACAUCCGAUGGUGAUCCCAGAAGGACUGGUGAUAAAGAAAAGGAGACUGCGGGUGAUGCUCUGCAGCAAAGUGCAAAGGAUUUUACCCCAGCCGGCGAUUCUUCUGCCACCCCUGCUAAACCUCUUCGCAAAAGGGCUGCAGUUCCAGUGCCGAAAGACGGCAAGGCACGGGCAUAUGAGGAUUUCGACGUUGGCUCGGAACUCCCGCAGUCGCUCAAGGACAAGAUUGGCCUCAAGGGCGAUGCCGAGAAGAAGCCUGUGAAAGAGGAGGUUGGUAUCCAACGAGACCCCAACGCGCCCAUUGACUCGGUUUUGGAAGCCAACAGGCUGCCUCCCAAGGAGUUUGACGAGCAGCAAGUGAUUAUGCCUGAACGGCCGCAGUCGCAUGAGGAGUUUGUAAAGUCAAGGAUCAAGGAAUGGGGUUUUGCUCCUGGCGUUACUCAGAUUACAUCAAGACAGUAUAUUCUGCGACCCGAAGCUAUUGAAUCAGUAUGGUACAUGUACCGUAUCACCGGCGACCCCAUGUGGAUGGAAAAAGGCUGGAAGAUGUUUGAGGCCACCAUCCGGGCCACGCGCACCGAGAUUGCCAACAGCGCCAUUGACGACGUCAACAGCGAGGAGCCAGGACUCAAGGACGAGAUGGAGAGCUUCUGGCUCGCCGAGACGCUCAAGUACUACUACUUGCUGUUCUCGGAGCCGAGUGUCAUUAGCCUGGACGAGUGGGUGCUCAACACGGAGGCCCAUCCGUUCAAGAGGCCCGGGGGGAGCGUCAUUGGACACAGUAUAUAA